AGAUGAAUUGCUCGUCCACAGUCGUCCACGUUCAUUCCGAUUCGAUUCGUUUGUCUCCCUACCUGUCUUCCACCACCAUCAACUUCGUUUAUACCAUCACUGUAUCUCUAUCUCUUGACGACCACACCAUUAAUACCUCUGUUCAUUUCUUCAUUUCUCAAUGACAAAACGUGAUCGUUCUACGAUGGAAGUCCUUACCGGUGCAUCCAGCGUCAAGAUCGGCACAGCAAACUUUUCGAACGUUGGAAGAGAUCAGAUCAACCACUACUAAUACAAGAGUCGCAAAAAGAGGAAAAUCAACGAGGAUUUACCCGAACUUUCCGAGUUCACUGAAGUCAAGCGGGGUGAUAUAUAUAAGGACAAGGACAUUUGUUAUGGUUGGCGGCUGUGCUCGAAUGGGGAAGAUGGAACUGAGGAGACGGUCUAUACUGCCCAGAUCAUGAUAUCGGGUCGUUUUGGGGACAACAAGUUCACUGUGAAGACUUAUCGCGGGCCAAAUGCGAUGAAGGAAUGGAGACGAGAUUUUUUGCGUAUUUCCAAGGAUUGGUGCGGGGUUGUACCGCUUUUUGGAUAUAGUAAAUCGUCGGUUCCGCUCUUGAUAUUUCAUGGAGAACUCGUACCUCUUGCACAUCUUGAAUAUCGUUCAGGGCCGGUGGGUUUGUUCUACAUGGAGGUGUUGAGAGCUAGCUGGGGAUGUUCAAGAAAUGAGCUCUGGAUGGAUCCAAUUGCAGGAAGAUUUUGUCGUGGACCAAGCGGGCCUCAAUGUAUCGAUUGGAACACUGAAUAUCUUGAUAUGCCAGUUCCAGCAGACGGGGAAUUUCUCAAAGAGGACGUGGUGAUUCGAUACUUUUCUAGCAUAGGACACACUUGGGGGCUUCUUAAGGCGCUUGUUUAUAGUGGUUAUACUGAAAGACCUAAAGAUGUCCCUGCAGCCAAUUGCUCCCACGUUGUUUUGACAAACUCGAUAGUUGCCCUCACCGAGGGCGUACGAUGGCGGAGUUUUAAGGGCUGUCUUGAACACAGGCAAGAGAUGCCAGACGGAGUAACAAGGUUCUGUCUCAGAGACAAUCAGCGUCAUAUCCAAGUUAUCACUACCGGUCAAGAAACAGAAUGGCUUUUACAAGCCGUGAGCGUUUUCAACGCUCAGGGCAUCUCAUUAGACGAGGAUCUUUCCUCUUACAAGUUUAUACACCGUCCUUUCAUACUUACAGGGACGCUCCAGCAAUCCAAACGCAAACAACAGAGACGCCAGCUAUCUGCACCUAUCUACUUAUUUCUCUCCGCGAAUGUCUAUUUCUGGUCCCAUGAUUCGUCUGGCCAAACACCGUUCUCGCCAGACAUCUGCAGGUACCUCGGUCUCCCCUUCAAGCUCUCCCUCCAAGUAGAUCAUUACCAAUUGUCCUGGCCCACCAAGGUCUACAAAGCCAUUCAUGACCACCAAAUCUCAGAGGGAUUUGACCCUACAACCACGGAUUAUGCACGAUGUUUCGGAUUGCCCAUCUUCAAGAUCGUGCCUGCUGAGAACCGUUUUCAAGAGGUCGUCGAAGAACAAAACGAAAACAUUUCUGAAUCAGAACAGACAUCGCCGCCGCUCCAGACUCACGACCAAGAGGACGGGAGAGUCAUUCUCGGCUCUAAAGAAGGUUGUGAUAUUCCGGCGGAAGACCAUCCGAAAGAAUUAGGUGAUACUUUUUCGCUGGAAAUGUUAUUCAACGAGAUUCAGACCGAAGAGUCCACGAUGGAAAUGUUAUGAUCAAUGCGGGAAGUUCAGAACAAGCGGUUGAGGUUCAGAUGCGGUACUUAGCAUUUAGAAGCCAGCAUCAAACGCGUCGAGUAGGCAGCGAGCGCUAGUACUAUUGUGGGAAUACAUAAGACACUGUCAGCCAACGAAUAUCUAAACUGGUCCAAUCCUCGCAAUUUAGCCCGGACCCAUCUGUUACCAUAGCCAAUGGCGG